UUUCAAACGGUCUCGGAGCGGGCGGUGUAUUUGUGUUUAGGUUCAACAGCUCUGCAUCGCAUUUUGGCAAGAUUCCCUCGGGUGCGCGCGUUACAUAAAAUGAACGUCGCGUUUCGUGCCACACAAAAAGGAUAAAAAUAGAUUUUGAGAAUUGACGCGUGGAGGACAGAAAAUACGAGUGCGGACAGCAACUAUAGUGACCUGUGAAACUCGGUGUGUGUGACUGGUGAUAGUGUUUGAGUGGUAGACUUGCGAGAUGGCUCACCAAGUGGAGCCGAUGGACAUAGACAGUGACUUCGAUAACAAAGAGAACAGUUUACAUCACAACAAUGUGCUGCCGUUCACGGAGAAGGGCUAUGAAGAGCUGGACGUGUCGGAGCUGAACAUGAAACUCAGGUACUCUGUAACUCCAGCUUCCUCACCUAUGUCUAAGAGUUACACCGCCAAUUGCCUUGACAAUAGAAGUUUAGAUUCAGGGGAUGACACUUUAAAUGUAACAAUUAAUGAGAAUUGUAAUUUAACAAGGUCACUUAAUUCUAAUUUAACUAAGAAUGACAGUGUUGUAAAAUCUAACAAAACUUUACCACUGCAAACAAUCUCUACAGAGCAAUGUGUUGACAGUAAUAGGAACACAUCAGUGCUCCGGCCUCUAGACACAACCAUUACUCAAGACAAUGCCAAUGUGACUGUUACUGUAAACGUGCCCAGUGACAUGGAUGAUCACCUGUUGAGUUCAUCAUCAUCUGCAGUACAAACUCCUGAAGCAACCACUCCAACAAAGGAAAUUCCAAAGAGCGAUGGAGGAUCUCCUAUCAUGCGAGGCCUCAAAAGUGUUCUCAAUAUGUUCAGAUCCUCACAAAGUCCGAUACCAUCUGCAGAUAGUGAUGAUGUUGUAAAACCAGAUAUACUGAGCCCUCUGGAAUCAUCUGUGGCAAUUGAAGAAGCAAAAACAAAGGCUAUGUUGGUCUCCACUCCAAUUUCAGCACAUCGGAAGAAAGAAACAAGCCCCACAAAAAGGAACAGUCCAACAAAAGAACCUAUUGUAUUUAAUGAGGAUCUGGAGAAAGAGCUGCAGUGGAAAGAUGAGACAACCAUUAUAUUUAGCCAGGAGCGCAUUCCUAUACACAAAUUGUUUUUUCCACUUGGUCAAGCUGGAGCCCAGAAGCCUACUUCUAGCCAAGAGGUACCAACACCACAGAAGACACAAGAUUUAGAUUCUACAGUUGAAUAUAUGGAUAUUUCAUACAAUGAUUCAAUAAGAGAUAGAACUAUGACGGACAUACAAGAAUUGGCUAAUAAGACUGAUGGAACUGUAGGGACAGAAUCCGAUGGAGAAUUUGUGGACUGUGAAACAACAUUUACUAAGAAUGAGUCUCUGUUAGAAGAUAAUAAUAAAACUCCGGUAAAUAAAACACAAGAUUUAACUAUAGAUGUUGAGAAUAUUAGUGAAAAUACAAGUUCAAGGCUCAAACAAAUAGUUCUGAAUACUACCCAAGAUAUAUUAGAUGCUACCUUGUCCAUAACUCCAGAAGACUUGUUACCAGAAAGUUUAAUUAAAAAACCAGAGUUGUCAGAACAAGUGACACAGUCUACAGACACUAUUACCGAUGUUCCAGAUGAAACACAUCUUGAUAAAUCUAUUGAAAUGAAUGACACUAAAAUAUUGAAUGACACCUUACACAAUGUAUCAACAACUGAAGAAAACAUUCCCAAUGUAAAUGAAACUAUAGAUAUAUUGAACCAAACAGAAGACAGUCAAGAUCCUAAUUCAACUAAAACAUUUGAUAUUGAGCCAAACCUAGAUCACACAUUAGACAUAAUAAAACCCACAGAAUGUACAGAUGAUCCUAAUUUGACUAAAAUAUUAGAGAAUGUAUUGCCUGAGACUAUAAUGGAAUUAAAACAAGAAGAACCUUUAAAUGAACCUGUGAAAGAUCAUGCAUUGACAUCUGAAGAAAAUGAAAGGCUUGCAGAAGUUGAAAAGAAUUUGAACCAAGUUACUGAACUCAACAAAACUGACACAAUAAGCCUACAAGAUACAUAUAUUACUAUCACAACUGAUUUUGGUUCUGAAAUGCUUAGUGAAGUUGAUAAAACAUCUCAAAUUCCUGACGAUGAAAAAGAGCUUGUACCUGUUAAAGAGGCAUCAAUGACUGAGUUGGCUGCAGAAGUACCCUUACCCGAUGAAGAUGAUCUUGAGAAGGAACUUAUCUCUGAUACUCCUAAUGAAGAAAUAAAUAGUUUGCCUUUAGACCUUGUUGAUGACAUCAUAGUGCAAACAGAGAAACCAGUCACAACUCAAAAUGUAGAAGUAGUCAAUACUAAUCAAGAAGUAGUAACAGAAUUAGAAAGAAAUGAAAACAUAUGUGAUAAAGUAUCAGAAACACCUUUGACUUCUGAUAAACUUGAUAGUAUAAACCAAGAGACAGCUCCAUUUGUACCUGCACAUGAAGUAGUUCCAGAAGUUGUCGAAGCUUUGAAUGUUGAUAAUUAUCAAGUUACUGACAAAGACAUAGUUGAUCCUGUUGAUUUAUUACCAGAAUCAGUAACUAAUGAAACAGUUGGCACUGAAGCUGAGAAAAUAGUUGAUCAAGUACAUAAUGAUGUAGAAAUAAAAUCAGAUUCAGUUAUAGAAACUCUUAAUGCGACAGUUCAAUUUAUCACUGAAGAAAGAGAGGAACAGGGGCAUGUUUCAAAUAUAGACAGUGUAAUAGAAUUAAAACCAUUACCUGAUAUCAUUAAUCAAACUGCCUUGCUUAAUGUAGAAAAUAUUUUAUCGGAAGCAAUUCCCGAACCAGUAAUACAAGAACUGUCUACUGUAUUGCCAGAAAAUUAUGAAAAUGUAGUUAAGGAAGAAGUUAUCUCGGAGGCUACUAUGACUAAAGAUAUACCAGAACUCUUAACACAAGCUCAAGUUUCUGAAGUAGAAAAACCUGAUCAUGACACAGUACAGAAGGCGGUGAUAGAUAUUGAUGAAAUAAAUAAAAGUUCUGUUUCUGCCCCAACACAAACCAAUGUUAUUCAAGAAACACCUGCAGCUACGAAUGUUGAUGCAAGUUCAGACCUAGGCAAUCUUGAGGUUGUGACUGCAGAGGCUCAUAAGCUUGGCCAUGAAGUUCCGCCUGUUGAGAAAGUUGAUAUUCCAAUCAAUGAAAAUAUUGUAUCUAACGCUGAUGAUGAUGAAAUAAUACUCUCUGAAAAUAAUAGUCCAUUUGUAUCAGUCAUUGCUGAAAAUAUUCCUGAACAAAUGAAACCAACAGACAAUGUUGAUAAUCCUAAUGUAGAUGAUAAUGAACAGGUGGCGACAACCGACAGGGUCGUAUUGACUCCACCAGCGUCUCCACCAAUCGCCUCCAAGGGCUACAACUUCAAUUUUGACGAAAUCGAUGAUCCAUUUGCUACUAAAACCAAAAUAAGAAUGUCGCCCUCCUUUGAAACUCCAAAUAAAACUGUUGAACCAGCAAGUACCAAAAGCGCGGACAAAAUUACGCCUAAAAAGGAAAUCAAUAACAGAAGAAAAUCACAACCAGAAAGAAAAAGACCUUCUGCUUCUAAGAGAAAGUUUAAUUCCACUUUCAGCGGCGCUGUGGAUGGUCAAACAGCUGAAACAAUUGAAACUUCAGGUGAUGGUGACUUUAAAUUAGAAUCACCACUGAAUGUAGCUUUGGAACCAAACAAUAUCAUGAUUAAAGAAGACAAAAUACUUGAAGAAAUUAAAAAGGUUCAAGAAAACACAUUGGAUGUCACAGAAGAAGUACUUAAACAAGAACAAGAAAUCAAUGUCGUCGUUGAAACACCAUCCCGUGUACCAAAUGUCCAAGAAAACACAUUGGAUGUUAAAGAAGAAGUACUUAAACAAGAACAAGAAAUCAAUGUCGUCGUUGAAACACCAUCCCGUGUACCAAGUGACGACUUAAAAAUUACUUCGUCAUCCGAACAAUCUACAUAUUUCUCUGCGGGCACAUCAUCAAGUGAAAGCAUUCCUUCAAGAAAUGUCUUCAACCUACCAGAGAUUGAUGAUAUGAACUUUAAUCCGUUUGCAACAAAGUCUAAAAUGCGACAGUCUCCGCCUCCAAGUUUAGAUGCAACCAUAGAAAAUCCUUUUGCCACUAAAAGCAAAAUAAAAAGCACCCCUGAGUCUUCCAUGAUUUUACCGGAUAAUGAAGUAGUAAAUGAUGAAGAGAAUGCAAUUGCCGGAUUAAUUAAUGAUAAAAUAGACUUUGAGUUAAUGGAAAAAGAUGCAUCAGGAAAUUUGAGUAAUGUAACUUCUUCAUCUAAAGCUACAGAUGACAGAAAUGGUACAGUCAGGGAAGUAAAUACUGAUACCGACGAUACUGUUGAGGGACCGUUUUUAGAAGCUGAUGAUUUGAACACUGAUGAUAAAAUGUCUGAUUUUGAUGGUGAAAAUAUUGAUAUGAUGCAGUUUAAUGAAUUACCAACUCAAGGAAAUGAUGAUAAUGGUGAAUUAUUUAUAGAUGCAGAGGCUUUCGAGUUUCUUUUAAACCAGAAUAAAAGUAACACAGUUGUUGACAGUGGUAAAGAGAGUUUGUUCCUUAAGUUUGAUCCGCUUUUCGCAAAGAGAAUGUCGUCUAUUACAUCUGAUGGUUUGGUAGCUUCUUUGAAUAAGAUUCAGAAAAGACAAAGCACUCCUACAAAGACAGCAAUGCCGGUAAAGGAAGAGAAGUCUCCUAUUCCGGGGCCUUCCAACUUGAACGUUACCCAAGACAUGGACGUGAGUGAGGAAUUCAAUGACGAUCUUAAUGUAACUGUGUCUAAACCGAUGAUGGUUGUUCCCCCUGCUGUCAAUCCAGUCACGCCUAGAAACAAAUCAUUGACACCCAACAGAUCGAACAGGCGUUCUAUUACAUUCACGUCUCCUGCCAUGGCUGUUAUUGAUAGACUUUUGUCUUUAAGUGGCAAUACAUCCCUUAUGCACGAUACUAGUGUCACACAACCCACAAGGGAACAAAAUGAAGCCGAUUUAGCUCUCACUCAGUUACGAGAGCUUCUGGCCGAGAAAGAAAUACACGUGUACAGUCUAAGGUCUGAAAGUAAAGAGCUCAAAGAUAGACUAUCUUCAUUAGAAUCACAUUUGAAGAGCUUGGAAGAAGAAAGCCAAGAUAGACUGAAAAAGAUAAACGACUUGAACACUCGGCUUGCUGAAAAAACAAAGAUUAAUAAGGGCAUGGCGGCUGUUGUCGAGGAAUAUGAGAGGACGAUAGCUAGUUUGAUCUCGGAAACAGCACAAGACAAGAAGAGACACGCAGAAGAGAGAAUAAAACUAAUAAAUGAGAGAGAUGAACAGACGGCUCACUUAGCCAGUAUGGAGGUUUCGUUUAGUGACCUUCAUAGUAAAUACGAAAAGAGUAAACAAGUCAUUCUUAACUGUAAGGCCAAUGAAGAUACAUAUAAAAAAUCCAUUAAAGCGUUUGAAGAAAACUUAACAAAAAUGCAAAACAAUUAUGAGCUUCUGAAACAGCACGCGACGUCAAAGCUCAACCACGCGAAUCAGGAGCUAGAGAAGAUGAAUAGAGCGCACGAGGCGGAAGUAUUGAAGCUGAAUGCCAUGAUUAAGAGGAAAGAUCUCCACAUCACGUCACUAGAAGAGUCUCUUGCGCAAAAGACGAAAGCAAACGAGGAGCUGACAGCCAUAUGCGAUGAACUCAUCAAUAAGGUUGGCUGAAAUAUAUUUUAGGCUUUUCUAUAUUUGUUGUGUCUGUGAUCUAGGCGGAUACUCCGAGACUUGCUUUUGUGCUUAUCUUAAGAUAAGUAGCAUUAAGUUGAAACUAGUCUCUACGUUAUUGUGCCAAAUCAUUUUAGUGUAACGACAUUUUAUUCCUGUUGUUUAAUUAUACUCAAAGACUGCAAAAUGUGAUAAAAUUCAAUUUCUAUAAUCAUGUUACAGUGUAUACUUAUAUGUAAUGUUAAUGAGACCAUGUUUUCAACCAGAACAUCAGACCACAGCACUAUUACAUUAUGCUGGCCAUAAUUAAAGUGUGCGGAUUAUAAGUCAGACACAGUUCUUUAGAUGAUAAAAAUGUAUAUUUUUUGCAUGUAUAACUGUUGUAUUUAAAUCCCAGAUAUUUAUUUUGUAUGUAAACAUUUUCUACAAUAUUUUUGGGAAAAUUUAAAAGUACACGUAAUGAUAUUUUUGUAGAUAUGUAUUCAUGAAAAAUCUAUGAUAUAUUUGGUAUUUAGACAAUUAUAAUGAUUUGUAUCCUGUUUGUAAUACCUGACUGUUGUAAACUAACUUUAUGGAAAAUAUGUUACUGCUAACUAGCCUCGCGUUGUAACAUCGUACAGUUUCGCAUUAUUUUUAUUUAAGCAGUCUUUAUCUGACCAACCUCGAUUCCUCAAUUAACAAUUUUGACAUUGUAUCUAUAUUUGUACCACAAUUAUCCUAAUAAUAAUUACGUAUUCAAUUCAAUAAUAAUUUUGGACAUGACAAAAAAAUAUUUAAUGUAAAAUUAUAAUAGCUCGACUUUCCACAUAACGGGUUGUUUGUCAGUUAUUUUGUGUAAUAUAG